ACCCCUUUUCUUUCAUUCAUCACUCUCUCUUCACUUUUUCUAUCUGCUUUGCUUUCACAAUCAAUGCUCACCACCUUCCUCCACCUCUCUCUCUUUAUUACCACCCAACCUCCUCCUUCUUCUUCUUCUUCUUCUUCUUCUUCUUCUUCUUCCUCUCUUAUCUCCUCCAUUUAUUCUUCUAGGUCUUUUCUCUUUUUGUUUAUUUAUUUAUUACUUAAACUGUUGAAUUUCUCUGAAUAUUCACAUUUUUGACUCCUUUUUCCAUUUUCUCAACUUUUCUGGGUGUUUGUUUUUCAAAUGGUGGAUCUCAUGUGUCUUUUCUCCUUUUUUUUGUAUUUAAUUAUUUAAUUUUUUCUCAGUUUUAUCAGAUAGUGGUUUUUGUUUGACAAUAAAUCCCAACUUUAUUCGUCUUUUUCUUACUUUUUUUUAUUUAUCAUUUUUUCAUUUUUUGCGCCUCUUUUCUCUCUCUAACUUUUCAAUAUUUUCUUAUCUUCAGUUUCCAAUUUUGAAUCUACCCUUCUUAGGGUUCUGAAUAUCCUGCAAUAGUUAACUGAUCCGUUGUAGGAGGAAAUUAAAGGAGAAAUCUUCCUUGGUUGAACUUGAUCCAAUGUGUUGGGUUUUCUGGUUUUGAGCAAAUGGGUGGCUGUGUUUCAACUAGUAGUGGGAGCAAUGGAGAAGCAGUGUCAUCAUCAUCGUCUUGCUUAGGGAUGGGAUUGUGUGGUCGGAAGAGGAAUAAGAGAACUUUCUCUGACCAUGUUGCCACACUGCAACAUCUGUCAUCGAUACCUAAUCGGAUUUUUAUGAAUGGGAAGAGUCGUAGUUCAUGUAUAUUCACCCAGCAGGGUCGCAAGGGGAUAAACCAGGAUGCCAUGAUAGUGUGGGAAGAUUUCAUGGCAGAUGAUGUGACAUUUUGUGGUGUAUUUGAUGGGCAUGGGCCUCAUGGCCAUCUUGUUGCUCGCAGAGUGAGGGAUGCUUUGCCAUUAAAGCUGUUGUCAUUUAUAAACGCUUGCCAGAUGAAGGAAGUUGGGCCAAGUGGAGCUUGUUGUAAUGGUGACAUUAAAUCUGAGGGUGUAGAAGCUGAGAAAGAUGGUUCAAUUGAAGAUAGUAUUAGCUCAGUGUGGAGGGAUGUUUUUCUUAAAUCAUACAAGGCUAUGGAUAAAGAGUUGAGGUCACAUCCUAAUGUGGAUUGCUUUUGCAGUGGUAGCACAGCUGUUACUAUUGUGAAACAAGGUUCGAAUCUGUUCAUGGGAAAUAUUGGCGAUUCACGAGCAAUCAUGGGGUCUAAGGACAGUAAUGAUGCUUUGAUAGCAGUCCAAUUAACUGUUGAUCUGAAGCCAGAUUUACCGAGGGAAGCCGAAAGGAUAAAACGGUGCAAGGGUAGGGUGUUUGCAUUGCAAGAUGAACCUGAAGUUCCUAGAGUUUGGUUGCCAUUUGAUGAUGCUCCUGGGUUAGCAAUGGCACGAGCAUUUGGUGACUUCUGUCUAAAGGAAUACGGGGUUAUCUCUGUACCAGAAUUUUUUCACGUAACUUUGACAGAUAAAGAUCAGUUCAUCGUAAUGGCCUCUGAUGGGGUUUGGGAUGUAUUGAGUAAUGAGGAAGUGGUAGAAAUAGUAUCCACAGCUCCCUCCAGAGCAUCAGCAGCACGUGUACUGGUUGAAGCAGCUGCCCGUGAAUGGAAGCUCAAAUAUCCCACCUCAAAGAUGGAUGACUGUGCUGUUGUUUGUUUAUUUUUGGAUGGUAAAAUGGAUACAGAAUCAGAUUACGAUGAACAAGGCUUCUCCUCUGUGACAAUCCAAAGCAACCAUUCUGGUGCAGCAAUGGAAUCUGAUGAUGGUCAGAAUUCUGAACCAUCUUUCCAGAGAAACAUGACCGUUAGAUCAUCAGAAGAGAAUGAUUCUUUCCGUAGAUUACCUGUUGAAGUAGUACCUACUGUGGGAUCUGUUUUAAAUGAAGAUCAGAAUUGGUCUGGUUUGGAAGGGGUAACUCGCGUCAAUUCACUUGUUCAGCUUCCUAGAUUUUCAGAAGAAAAGCCAAAUUCAUGAUUCAUUCUUAAUGAUUUAAAUUAUGGGAUAGAGUCUGGUUUCUACAUGAUUCUGGGCUGAUUUCUGGAGAAAGUUACAUGUUGUAGAAGGUUUGUGCUGGUUCCUGUUUUGCUGUGAAAUAGUUGUGUUGUACACCAAAUGAAAUGUAAAGGACAUGAGUAGAUAUAUGGCUAACAUUCAUUCUUCUCAUUUCCGGUAAAAUGUAUCAAUCUUUUUGCAGCCAUCUUAUUGUUAGUGUCAGCUAGUCCGCUGUCCUUUUGGGUCUUGUUUUCGGUAUAAAGCUCAUGUACAGAUGACCUUGUUUGUUUUGCAUACGUUUUUUUUUAUUUUAGAUGACCUUGUUUGUUUUGCA